AAGUUCCUUCGAGCUCGACCACGAAACACACAUCAUCAACACACAAACACGCACACCUGUGUUCACCUUCACCACCAAACCAUAACCAAAAUCCUAACUUUUUCAGAACCCUUUUCUUUUGAGAUCAUUUUGAUUUAGAUUUCACUUCUGGGUCACGCUCUCACUCAAUUUCUCAUCAUUCAUUACCAAUAAUGUCUUGUGCAUUGCAAGCAACCUUAGCAUCCAACACCUGUGCCUUUUCUUCAAGGAGAUUGUCCUUGAAUAACCAGAAGUUCAGCAAGAGAAGUUCCUACUUGCUCACUGUUAGAGCGAAUUCUGAUGAUGCUGACUGUAAUGAUGAAGAAUGUGCCCCGGAUAAGGAAGUAGGGAAGAUCAGUGUGGAAUGGUUAGCAGGGGAGAAAACUAAAGUAGUAGGUACAUUCCCUCCUCGCCGUGCUAAGGGUUGGACAGGCUAUGUUGAGAAGGACACUGCUGGACAGACAAACAUAUAUUCAGUGGAGCCAGCAGUUUAUGUGGCAGAAAGUGUUCUUAGUUCAGGAACUGCUGGUUCUUCUAAAGAGGGAGCUGAGAACACAGCAGGCAUUGUCGCAUUCCUUGCCCUGAUCUCAAUUGCGGCAGCAUCAUCUAUACUUCUACAAGUUGGUAAGACUACUCCUCCGAUCCAGAGAGCUGAGUACUCCGGGCCAUCACUUAGUUACUACAUCAGCAAGUUCAAGCCACCGGAAAUUACUCAAGCACCCGCGCCUAUUGAGGCAGAACUACCAUCAUCUGUUGUUCAGCCUGAAACCGCUCCAGAAGUUUCAUCAUCUGUUGCGGCUGAAUCUGAAAUUCAGCCAGAAGUACCAGAACCUGUUGUUCAGCCUGAAAGCUCUCCUCCACAAGUUUCAUCAUCUGUUGAGGUUGGAUCUGAAAUUCAGCCGGAGCCCGCAAGCGUGAGUGUUGUAUCUUAGGUGGUGAUUAUAUUAUGUGCUACUUUUGCUUUUUAAAAACAUAGCAAACAGUUUGUGUCGAUAAUAUGAGUCAAUGUAUACACCAUAUCACAACUAAAGGCUUAUGGAUGGAAAUGUUUUUGCUAAACGCCAUUAUUGGUGUGCUUUUGCUACCAA